AUGAACGCUACUGUUGAGCCCGGCAGACUGUCCGUGCCCGCGGCCCAGGCCGAGGCCAAAGUCGCCAAGAAGCAGAGCACCAAACCGCACGUGUCGACAGCAGUCUCAUUACUAGCAGGCGGCACAGCGGGAGCCGUGGAGGCCUUUGUCACAUACCCGUUCGAGUUCGCCAAGACUCGUGGCCAGCUCAUCAAUACCGGCAAGAAGGUCACCAACCCGUUCUCCAUCAUCUCUUCGGUGGCGAAGCAGCAGGGCGUGGGCGCCAUCUACACGGGAUGCUCCACCCUGGCAGUGGGCGCCACCUUCAAAGCCAGUGUCAGAUUCAUGUCCUAUGACGCCAUCAAGAACGUCCUGUCUGACGACAAGGGCAAGCUGACCCCUGCGAGAGGUAUCUUGGCUGGUAUGGUCGCGGGUGCCGUGGAGAGUGUCGUGGCUGUCACGCCGACAGAACGUGUCAAGACCGCACUCAUCGACGACGCCCGCUCGCCCAACGGCAAGCGCUUCCGGGGCGGCUUCGACGCCAUGCGCACCAUCGUGCGCGAGUCGGGCCUGCCAGGCCUGUACCGCGGCUUGAUCUCGUCCACGCUCAAGCAGUCCACCACCUCGGCGACCCGCAUGGGCUCGUACAACAUCCUCAAGAACCUCGCCGAGUCGUGGCAGCUGCCGCAGAACAGCGCCGUAACCUUCGCCACGGGCGCCGUGGCCGGCGUCAUCACCGUGUACGUCACGCAGCCGUUCGACACGAUCAAGACGCGGACGCAGAGCGCGGCGGGCGCGUCCACGACGGCCGCGUUCCGCACGGUGCUGCAGAACGACGGCAUAAGGGGCUUCUGGGCCGGUAGCACGAUGAGGCUAGGCCGGCUCGUGUUCAGCGGCGGCAUCAUCUUCACCGUGUAUGAGAAGAUUGCCGGCAUCCUUACCGGGACUGGCAUGUGA